CGUGGAUUUCUAUGGUGGAAAACGCAAAGCUGAAAAAAAAAGUAAAAGGUCUCCUCUCUCUUUCUCUAUCCUUACUAGUACCACUGCUUCUUCUAUCACCUUCUCCUAUACAGAGAAAGGCAACCAGUAGAGGAGAGAGAGAGCGAGGAAGAAGAGGGAAGUAAAAAGCACUCUGUGGCGCAUUGUAGCCCUGGGCCUUUUUAUCUUGCGCCUCCGCCCUGGUUCUUCUUCUUCUUCUUCUUCUUCGUCUUCUUCUAAGUGCUCUCUCUCCUCCGAGUUCGCUUUGUUCCCACGGCAUCCAUUAAUUUGAUUCAGAAAUUAUGAAAAAGGAAAGGAGGAAUUCGAAGGCCAGCUUUGUGGUUAUUCUUUGAUUGAGAAUCGGUUUCUUUGAUACAGCAACAAUAACUCUGGCGGACCUUAAAGCGUCCCUAGCGUUCAUAACUUCGAUUCCAGCUGGGCGUUUCGAUUUCAAGUCGAAGAAGAAGAAGUGGGGAGGGAGUUAUACAGUGAAGAUGCUUUGGAUUAUGAGAUUCUCUGGAUUUUUCACUGCCGCAAUGCUUAUGAUCAUUUUAUCUCCUUCUCUACAGUCGAAUCCACCGGCCGAGGCCAUCCGAUCCACUUACCUCGAAAAACACCUCCGAUUGCGCCGUCCAGAUUCGCUCAACCGGUUUUCGUUCCGAAGAGCCCCGGCAUUUCCCAAUGCUGAUGAAUGCGGCUCCGUCGACUCGAAAAUCAGCGUUUGCGACCCGAAUUUGGUCCACGUCGCGAUCACGCUCGACAUUGAGUACCUUCGAGGCUCAAUCGCCGCCGUCCAUUCGAUUCUGAGGCACUCGCCUUGUCCGGAGAGCAUUUUCUUUCAUUUUUUGGUCUCCGAUACGAGUCUGGAAACCCUCGUGAGAUCCUCUUUCCCUCUGUUGAAGUUCAAGGUGUACUACUUCGAUCCGGAGAUCGUGCGGGGCUUGAUCUCAACGUCGGUGAGGCAAGCGCUCGAGCAGCCUUUGAAUUACGCGAGAAAUUACUUGGCUGAUCUGCUUGAGCCUUGUGUUGGGAGAGUUAUAUACCUAGAUUCCGAUCUCAUCGUCGUCGAUGAUAUUUUCAAGUUGUGGAAUACGAGCUUAGGCUCCAGAACAAUCGGAGCUCCGGAGUACUGUCACGCCAACUUCACCAAGUAUUUCACCGGCAGAUUCUGGUCGGACCGGCGGUUCACCGCCACAUUCGUUCGCCGGAAACCUUGCUACUUCAACACCGGCGUGAUGGUGAUAGAUCUGGACAGAUGGAGACGGGUCGGGUACACGGAGCAAAUAGAGAAGUGGAUGGAGAUCCAGAAAAGCCACCGGAUUUACGAGCUCGGGUCAUUGCCACCGUUCCUAUUGGUUUUUUCUGGACACGUGGCGCCCAUCGAGCACAGGUGGAACCAACACGGUUUAGGCGGUGAUAACGUAAAAGGGAGCUGCCGUGACCUUCAUCCCGGUCCGGUUAGUCUCCUACAUUGGUCCGGUAGUGGCAAGCCGUGGCUCAGACUCGACUCGAACCAACCGUGCGAACUUGACGAACAAUGGGCACGCUACGAUUUACACGGACACUCUGAAUGAAUUACUCGCCGGUAAAUUACCUCAAGGACUGUUUUGUCCCCUUGUUUUUUUUUAAUAACUUAAUUUGCCAAUUUUUUUUAAAAUUUACUUUACUCCAUUAUUUUGUGUUCUCUUCUUCUAUGACCUCUCUAUUACUCAAUUUUUCUUAUUGAUUCUUAUUUUUCUUUUAAUGUUAUUAUUAUAAAUAGCAACUCAUUUCUCAGGCGAUUUGUAUUCUAUUUUAUUAUUUCUGCGUCUGGAAAUAAAAGCACAAAAAAAAAACAGGGAUAUUCAAUUUGUUGUAUAAUCCAUAUAGACUCUGUUUUGUGUUUAAUUUAGAGUACUGGGUUUUAUUUA